AUGUCUACGUUUUUCGAUGAGAUGAAAAAGUCGUUCGUCGACGUGCCAGUCACAGACUCUAAAAUCGACACCGCCGCCUUCUUGGAGGCCUCCGAGUCGCUUGUCAAGCUCUUUGACUUGUUGGGAUCGUCGGCAUUCAGUGUUGUCCAGAGCGACAUGACUGGCAACAUCGAGAAAAUCAGAGCCAAAUUGUUGAAAGACCCAGCCGGAGCUGCCACCUUGCAGGAUUUGGUGUUGCUGGAGGCCGGGACAAAGGACAAAAAGGCUACUCAGGGCCUCUUGUGGUUGUCUAGAGGCUUGCAAUUCACUGCUCAGGCCAUGAGAGAGACCGUGGACAACCCUACCAAAGAGAUGACAGUGACUUUCACCGAUGCUUAUACCAAGACGUUGUCGCAGUAUCACGGUAUGUUGAUCAAGCCAAUUUUCAAGUUGGCCAUGAAGGCAUGUCCAUACAGAAAGGACUUUUUCGCUAAGUUGGGAGCUGACCAGACGAAGGUGACAGAGCAGUUGACCAAAUGGUUGGAGGCCUUGGAGAACAUCGUGGCCAUCAUCAUGGCUUUCUUUGCUCUGGGCAACUACGGCAAGGGUUUGUAG